AUGACAACGCCAACGCUUCCAACAAGCCAACCCACCUUGGACCAUGGCAACCUUACACCAGCACCUCCAAACUCGAAAGACUUCGCGCCACCAACAACGUUAGAAAAGGCCGAAGAAGGCAUCAAUAUGCCCCGCCGAGUUUCAUACAGCGAAUCCGAUAUCGAACGCCUAGGUCGCGAGCGCCCACAAGCAUUUGGCACUUUUCUUCAGGAGCUGGGCUUCUGUUUCGCCCUUUUGGGCUCCAUGUUCAUGUCCGAAUACAUGAUCUCUGGGUUUACCAUUCUCCUGCCCGACCUCGCUCGAGAGCUCGACAUCCCCACCAAGGCACAAACAUGGCCCGCUUCCGUCUUUUCUCUCGUCACAGGAGCGUUUCUCUUGCCCUUUGGCCGACUGGGUGACAUUUUCGGAGGUUACCUAGUCUUCAAUGUCGGUCUUGUCUGGUUCAUCAUUUGGUCCCUUAUUGCCGGCUUCUCACAGAACUACAUCAUGUUGAUUAUGUGUCGGGCAUUGCAAGGAUUUGGUCCUGCAGCAUUCCUUCCAUCUGGCAUCAUGCUGUUGGGCUCCAUAUAUCGUCCUGGUCCAAGAAAGAAUCUUGUUUUUAGCCUGUAUGGUGCAUUCGCCCCUGUUGGUUUCUUUACUGGCAUUUUCUUCGCGGGCAUCUCUGCACAACUCGCAUCGUGGGGCUGGUUCUUCUGGAUCGGUACCAUCAUCCUCGUCGCUGUAAGCGUAGCGUCGUAUUUCUGCAUACCUAAAUAUAAGGUCGAGGCCAAUCAAAAGGUUGAGGCACCAGUCAAUGUUGUCAAGAUGGAUUGGUGGGGCACCGCAACCGUAGUUCCGGGGCUUGUCCUGGUAAUCUUCGCACUUACAGACGGGAGCCAUGCCCCACAAGGCUGGGCAACUCCGUACAUCCCUGUAACAUUCAUCUUAGGCUGGAUCUUCCUCGGUGCCUUCGUUUACAUCGAAGGCUGGGUAGCUGAGCAGCCUCUCCUCCCCAGUGAUCUGUUCAAGGUCAAGGGCAUGAAACCCCUUGGACUGGCUCUCUUUUUCCAGUACGGAAACUUUGGCGUAUUCAUCUUCUAUGCCAGUUUCUAUAUCAAAGACGUUGUCGGCGCGAGCUCACUCCUCACUGCCGCAUGGUUCACGCCCAUGUGCAUCGGUGGCUUGAUCCUAGCUACCAUCGGCGGACUGGUUCUACACCUAUUGCCCGGUCGUAUCCUACUUAUUAUCAGUGGAGUGGCAUUCAUUCUCUCCACUCUUCUCUUCGCGAUCCUUCCUGCACAGUUCAAUUUCUGGGCCUGGAUCUUCACCGCCAUGAUAUGUGCUACUCUCGGCAUCGACAUUACUUACAAUGUGGCAAACAUCUUCAUUACCACAUCGCUACCAAAAGCGCGUCAAGGCCUUGCAGGCUCUUUCAUGAACUCUAUUCUAUUUCUAGGCAUAGCAGUGUUCUUGUCACUUGCUGAUCUAGCAGUGAGCGAGACAAAAGAGAGGGGCAAGAGAGAGAGCUACAAAGUCGCCUUUUGGCUUGCUACAGGCAUUGCGGCGGCGGCCCUCGUCAUCAUGUUUUUCGGUGUCAAGAUUGGCAAGGCAAAGAGCGAGUUGACAGUUGAGGAGAAGGCGGAGCUGGAAAAUGAAUUGGUUCGAAGAAAAACUAAUGAGUAG